AUGAACUUUAAAUUUGAGGACAAAGAGUAUCCGCUAUUAGGCACUUUACAUGUGGGAGAUGUGAUCCGAUCUGUUAAUGGGAUUCCGGUCUCUAAUCAAUCGGUUGAGAGCUUACAAACACUUCUGAGGGAUUCCAAAGGAAAUCUAUUUUCAUUCAAAAUUUUGCCAAAUGGUCGCCAAAGAACCCAUCCCUCCCAGUGCGAGGGAUCACAACUCCGGCCGGAAUGGAAGUAUACGGGAGAUAUUCUUGAAGUGAUUUGUAAAGACGACUACUAUUGGUGGCAAUCGAGGAAAGAGGGUGAAAAAGGGUCGGCAGGACUCAUACCAUCACCAGAACUGGUGGAAUGGCGGGCCUCUCACGAGGCAAAUGAGAAGGACAGGAAAGAGGGCGCGAAUUACUGCACUUUCUUCGGCAAAAAGAAGAGAAAAGACAAAUAUUUGGUCAAAAGAAAUGCAUUAUUCGAUUCGUUUGACAUCCCUUCCUAUGAAGAGGUGGUAUUCGUGCCGUCAUUUCGUCGCAAAACUCUUGUACUUCUUGGCGCUCAUGGCAUCGGACGCAGGAAUAUAAAGAACACUCUAAUUAGUCACUUACCGCACCGGUAUUCCUAUCCAAUUCCACACACGACAAGAGUUCCCCGAAGAGGAGAAACAACGGAAAACUAUUUCUUUGUCUCUCACGAGCAGAUGAUUGAAGAGAUCGCUUCCAAUCAAUAUCUAGAGUACGGCAGUCAUAAGGAUGCGCUCUAUGGCACCAAAAUCGAGACAAUCCGUCAGAUCAUACUCAGCGAUCGCAUACCUAUUCUGGACGUUGAGCCACAGACAUACAAACUAAAUGUCCACAAAAAAGACUUCUUUAAGGAGGAUCUGGUGAUCAAUCAGAAGGAGUUCCCUCACCUCCGAGUCGGUGACAUCAUUGAGAUCUACUCACCAGACGAUCACUUCAGUCGUCUCCUAAUGCGAGUGAAUCCGCGAGCCUUUGAGGACUACCCGCGCGAUGGCAAAGAGAACCAGAAGAUCAGUAUAGAGCAGACCAUUGUCUCCACCUUUCAGUUGAGGAUAUAUUGCGAUGUAAUCGUGAAUAGAGUGGAGAAGAAAGACGUGGUCUUGGAUUCGGUGGAACUCUUCUUCAAAGACCAGUACAUCGCCAGAAGCGAUAUGUGGAGACUCAAGAGAGACCUCUCGAAGACAUGCGUUUACUUGAAUCAAAAGCUCGAGUUCUGUAACGUCCGGUGUCAGGUGUUUGAGAUGUGGUCACAGGGAGAGCGAGUGGCCUCCGGUUAUGUCAACAAUCAGACCAAAGUGGUGUUCAGAUCGGCCUCUUCUAUGGUCUAUCUGUUCCUUCAGAUGAGUUCCGAGAUGUGGGACUACGAUAUCAAUGGUGACCUCUAUUUCGAGAAAGCCGUCAAUGGAUUCCUUUCUGAUCUCUUCGACAAAUGGAAACGCUUUAACUGUUCACAUGAUGUGACAAUCGUAAUGUUUUCGCGCACUUAUUUCGACGCCUUUUCCAUCGAAGACUUUCCCGAAUCGAUGCGCGAAUGUCUUCAACAGGACUCAAAGGGUCGCUUCUAUGAGGACUACUAUAGGGUCGCCGUUCAGAAUGAAAGGGUUGACGACUGGAGUGCAACACUUAUUUUCCUGCGAAGACUUUUUAAUCAAUACGAGAACCAAGUGGUCAAAUAUCACGAGAAACAGGGCCUCAAAGUACCCGCAGCCUACAACUCGUCCUCAUCGCAGGGAAACUUUCUCGAAGUCCUUAAUAUGUCUUUAAAUGUUUUUGAAAGACAUCAUUUGGACCGUAGUUUUGACAGAACCGGUCAGUUAUCUGUUGUCAUAUCUCCAGGAGUUGGUGUCUAUGAAGUGGACUUAGAUUUAACUAAUAUUACGAAACAACGAAUAAUAGAUAACGGUAUUGGAAGUGAUUUGGUUUGUUUGGGAGAACAGCCCUUACAUGCCGUUCCCUUAUUUAAGUUUAACGCGAAAUUCAAUUUUCCGAAGUACGCCAACAUGAGUGAUGUCCAGUACAAUAUGCCUCAUUGGAUCAAUUUGAGCUUUUACUCCUCAUCUAAACCUAUAAGUUAUACCAAUUUUGUUCCGCGCAUUAAAUUACCCAAUGUUUUGCUCAAAAACCCAUUAAAGACGAGCCAUUCGCAGAUAUAUCGGUCGCCGAGUCGUGAAUCUCCCUCUGAUAUCAAGUCGUAUCGCAAUAUAGCUUUCGUUGAUUACGACGAAUACGACUCUCAAGUCUUCAAAAUAGCGUCGUCUCCGCCAAACACCACUUCUCACAAGCUGAGUACCACAUGUCAGCCCACUAUUCGGCGAAACACUGUUAUGACAACUCAGUCUUCACGACCGAUUCGACGCUCAUCUCAAAUCUUAGAUGAACUGUCCGUUUGCACUAAUACUCCGCCCAAUUCUCCCACAAAAUCAGAGUCAAUGGAAAUUCCAUCGAUGGCUCGCUAUAGAAGUCAUUUGAGUCCAAUUCAGGGAUAUUUGACUCAAUUGUCUACUUCUGUGAACGAAAACAAAACAUUUAAAGACGUGAAUCUAUCGAAUAAAUUCAAACCGGAAUCAAAAGACGAUUUGAUGGUUAGGGGCUAUAGUAGUACUAACUAUGCAAAGGAUAUCUUAAAAUCCAAAGCUCUGAUAAAUCCGUUCGACCCCUCGCACGUCACCAUUAAACUCAACUCAAACAGAAGACGUUGGACUCAUGUGUUCCCAUUGGGUCCGACGGGUAUAUUCAUGCAACAGCAUCACUACCAGGCUGUGCCCCAGAACCAGGCGUGCACUCUAUUACCAUCAGCUGCUUGUGUUGACUCAUCCCUUACUGUCGGCGAUUCGAGAGAUCCAACCGAUCGCAAGAUAUCUAUUGUUCAGAUGAAGUCCUCUGAAUAUCCGUGGAAUACAAACGAAAAGAAACCGAUGUUUAAGAACAUAACGAAUGCUCCAAAUCUGAGCGAAAGCUUUAAGACCACAAAAGUGUCUCAAACGAGAACCACAUCUAUAGGAUUGGGAAGCGAGUCGUCCAAGAAUUUGUCAUCAGUUCACUCAGACAAGAGUCUGUUGUGGGCGUGGGGGGCGACCGGUGAACAGGAGUGGACGCCCGCUAUCACCACUGGUGUCGAUUGGAAAUCAUUAGUAAUGCCCGCCUGUUUGCCUGUCACGACAGACUUCUUGCCCGACACCCGGACUCUACAACAGGAUUACGUGACGUAUAGCUAUAAUCUAUUGCCCGAAGACCAGAGCGCCGAUCGUUUACAACAGCGUUGUUAUAGAGGUGAUGACGACGCCAAAUAUCAUCAGCCAUUGUCCACAGUUCAGGUCUAUUUGGAGCUAAUUUGUCAGCGAUUACAACAGGGAUUUCAGAUCAUUUUAUUGCCAAAUUCAUCAAAAGUCAAAUCCAUUAUUGGCAAACCUCUUGAGAAAUAUGAAUACGCGAUGAGUAUCGGAAGAAUAUUCCACGAAUUGAAAUUGGAUGAGAGAACCAUUUAUGUUAAGAAUUAUCACCCGAGACAUCCAUAUCCCGUCAUUAAAAUCCAUUACUGUUAUCGUAUCAGAACCCCAGACAAUGAGACUUAUGGAGUCUCUUGGGUUGACUUCACGAGUGAGAAACUGGAGACAUAUAAAUGGAAUUACUUAGAUAACUACACGUGUCUUAAGGCCGAUGAGCACGAUCUUCGAGAGAAUCUCAAGUAUUGGCGCUUUCGGCUCCUGAUGUUGCCGUCCAUGCAGUCCACGAAGACUAUUAUCGAUAAGUAUCUGUCCGGUGAAGACGACUAUCCCUGCGAUCUCUAUCACGACUUCACACAAGAAGAGAAGAUCCAAUUACAGGAGGGAUUCAUUAAAUUCUUGGAAAUGAUUAACAGAAUCAGAAGACCGGCUAAUUUCCGCAAACCUAUCGUUAAAUCGGACAAAAAGAAUACGACCUCUCAGUUGACGAACAGGCGGUUCAGUUCGAGUUCUGCUCAGUUGCAGGCCUUACAAACCAAUACCAACCGAAUGUCUCAACCCUUAGAUAUUAAUGUAAGCGACGGAUCACUCUUUAAAGAUAACAUAAUUCUUAGCCAAUCGUCGCAACCACCAAAACCCACGGCUACUCAGAGAUUACACCUAAACAUCAGUGAUAAAGCUAUAGAUUGCGAUGAAGUGGACGGCUGUAUGGUCUCAACAAUGGCCUGUAAAUCGCCAAUAAUUGAGAGCGAAUUAGCUUCAAAUGAGGACCAGUUUGAGAGCAAUGAAACGACAAAGAGAUUAACCAUUCAUUCGUCGCAUUCGGAUAUAAUAGAGGCCAUGAAGAAAAACGCUGUUAACUUCCUGACCAAAUGUGGAGGUCUAUCGCCGUAUACUUUCAUCAGCGCUGAGGCUGUGUUUUGGGCCAAAAAUAAUAUUGAGAGCGUAUUGACAGAAGGCAUCGCUAUAUCUCUGUUCCAGGCUAUGGUCGAGUCGGGUGUCAUUUGUCACGCGUCUGGAGAUAAGACACAGGCCUUCAAACACGGCUUCUAUUUAUAUUGCAUUAUAGAUACGGGUGUUAUCACUGCUUUCGGCCACGAGAAUGACAUUCAUAUGUUUGAGAAGGAGUGGAUGGAAGUGGCAAUUGUGCCGCAAAGCAAUUUAGCCAAAAACUAUGAGCACUGGUAUACCACUGCUAAUGAACUGUAUUCCAAUUCUCUCGCAUCUGAAGUGCAAGAUUUCACAUUCAAAAACACAUCUUUGGAUUUGGACGACGGCUCUAAGAAUGGACGGGUAGAGUGGGUGAACAUUAAGUAUCACAGCGUUUAUGAUCCGGAACAGGCGUUUGAGAUGAUUAUCGAGUGGAUGGUCGCAACCGGAAACUCCAUCUCCGAAAUAGUGAUGGGCUGGAGUCGAAAGACCACAUCGACUGGUCUUCAUUUGGUUCCAAUACCUGCCGAUCCAUUCGCUCUGCCAUUUUCGAGUAAAUCGGAUCCAUUAAGAGGUCCCAUAUAUAUCACACUCAGUAUCGAUAGUUUGCCAAAAAUUGCCACUAAAUUACUUGAAGGUGAAGGGCUGUUCAACUUUCAGGAAAGAAUUUUAGUGAAGUUUGGUUUCAUCCCUUUCCACGACCCCACUACUGAUAACCAGAGACAGUUCGUGCACGUGAGCGGCAGUAUAUUUGUCAUGAUUCCCAGCAAAAACCCCGCCUCCAGUCCUUAUAAGAGUGUCCGAAAGCGGGGCAAACUGUUAAAGGUUGACAACAACGACACGGCCUGUAGUCCUCACGAGGAGUACAUAACCCGUCACUUCAGUGGUACGAAACAGGCGGGAGAGUCGGCUCACAUUGACGCUAAGAUCGGAUUCCUCUGGUGUUGGAAUUAUAUGAUCACAAAGCGAUGGAAGACUGGAGUGACCGGCGAUGAGAACUCAAUGCGCAAAAUAAUGCAAGACUUCCGGGCCUUUUGCACCAAUAAAAACGAUCGAUUGAGUCAAUUCUGGGAGAACUAUAACCUCCGAGGAGUGGAAGACAAUGUUUCCGAUUUCAAUAUUUAGCUAUCAUUUUAUUCAUUUUUUAGUUCUAAGGCUCAC